GUUGGACAAUUUUACACCAACCCGUGAUAGGACGUGAAUAUACGCCUGAUAAAUAUGUGAUAAGAGCAUAAAUGUAAAUGUGUUAUCAACGUUUGUUUGGUUUGGUUCGUGUUUUAAUUUUAUAAAGCUAAAUAAUGGCAUUAAAAACAGCGAUCGCGAUACAAAACAGCAGGUGAGAGAGAAAUUAAAAAGGGAUUCCUCCAACUGGCCUCUCCCUGGAGAGACACAACCUAAUGUAGGUAGUGGUGGGGAGCCCAAGUUUACAUUUGCCGGGAGAAGAUCGUGGGACAAAACCGGGAUACAACUCCGAAUCGUAGCCACAGUCGACCAAGUGCCGUGACCACAGUAAGAGGUUUCGUUUUCGGUGUGUUCGGUCUAGAAGUUAUAACCGUGAACGUGCUACAGUGAGACAACCGCACGAUGGCAUCCGCUUGCAAGAUCGAUCUAACGUUCGAGAAUGGCCACAAAAUGCCGGUCCUUGGCUUCGGUACCUGGCGGGCUCCGGACGAAGAGGUGGAGAAAGCGCUGAACGAGGCACUAGAGGCGGGGUAUCGGCAUAUCGACUGUGCGCCGGUCUAUCUGAACGAGCCAACGAUCGGUCGAGUGCUGCGCCAGUGGAUCGAUAGUGGACGGGUGACGCGCGAAGAGCUGUUCAUCGUCACCAAGUUGCCCCCGCACGGUACGCGUGCAGCGACGGUGGAAAAAUUUCUCAAACGAUCACUCAACGAUCUGCAGCUUGAUUACGUCGAUCUGUACCUGGUGCAUGUUCCGUUCACCGUGCCCGAGGUGGAUGGACCCUUCCUGACCGACGGCAACGGAGAAAUCGUGCUGGAAACCACAACGGACCACGUCAGUUUGUGGAAGGCCAUGGAAGCGGUCGCGGAUGCCGGUCUUGCACGCAGCAUAGGCCUAUCGAAUUUCAACCAGCGGCAAAUACAGAGAGUGCUUGAUAAUUGCCGAAUUAAGCCGGCCAACUUGCAGAUCGAGAACCACAUCUAUCUGCAGCAGAAUGGGCUGGUAAAGUUUUGCAAAGCGAACGGUAUCACCGUGACCGCGUAUUCGCCCCUCGGUUCGAAAGGGAUUGAGAAGCUACUGAACCGUGAAGUUCCCGACUUGCUGGACAACCCGGUGGUGAAGGAAGUUGCCCAACGUCAUGGUAAAAGUACCGCACAGAUCCUACUGCGCCAUCUGUUGCAGCGCGGCAUUGCGACCAUCCCGAAAAGCACGAAUGCGAACCGCUUGCGCCAAAACAUAGCGCUGUUCGAUUACGAACUGUCCGACGACGAUAUGGCGCAGCUGAACGGACUGGAUCAAAAUGUGCGCAUUUGUGACUUUGGGUUCUUUCCCGGCAUUACCAAACAUCCGGAGUUCCCAUUUUAAAACAAACGCGUUGGUACUGCGGUUUUGGACAUACAUUGCCAUUUUAUUCUCCAGUUUACAGCUAAUGUUAAGGUUCAUUACGUAGAUAAAUUCGCUUUGGCAAUUAAAAAUAAUCUUUCUCAUUUGUUAGCUUGCCCCCCUUUGCGUUUGAUUUCGCUGGUAUGCUGCAUAAGCCCUGAAGCAUCCAAUCCAUUCAUUGUCGCUCUAAAACAAAACCAGCAUUUAUGAUAAAUAUACAUAUAG